AUGUCGUUGUAUCGUUCACCAUCCGCUGCUCUUUUGAAGAGCCCAUCGCAAGCCGCUUUCGGUGCUCCAUUUGGAAGCAUGUCUGUUGCUGAUUUAGGAUCCCUUACUCGUCUUGAGGUAAAUUAAUUUUUAUUUUCGAUUGACUGUUUCUUGAAAGUUUUAUUAUGAAACUAGCGCUAAAAUUAUAACUUUUUAAAGGACAAGAUCAGACUCCUUCAAGAAGAUUUGGAAUCAGAACGUGAACUCCGUAACAGAGUGAGUUUGGCCUAUUUAUUUAUGUUUUUAAAACAUUAUUCAUUUUUGUAUAGAUCGAAAGAGAGCGCGCCGAUUUGUCUGUUCAAUUGAUUUCUUUGACUGACAGACUCGAAGAUGCUGAAGGAACCACCGACAGUCAGGUAAUUUUGAAAAAAAUAUUUUCAAAGUUUUUUUUUGUUUCUGUAUAAUUUUUAAUUUCAAUUGGUGUUUUAAAAGUUUUAGAAUGAGGUUACUGUAGAGUUUUUCUAUUUUUGUUGAUAUUCUUGUUAUUUACUAGUAUUUCAGUUUUUGAUAAUUUUUUUUUUGAAAAUAAGUUAUGAUUUUUUCUGAUAUAAUGGUUACUGUGAAAAGUAUUGAUUUUUUCACCAUUUCUGACAGUAACCUCGAAGCCCUCAAUUACGUUCUAAGCAAUCGAUUGUUUCUAUUCAAGAUCUGAAAAUUGACAAACAGACUACAGUAAUCCUUUGCAAAUGUUUUAUUUCUGAUAAUUUUUAUUUUCUCAUAACUUAGAUUAACUCCAAAAGAAAGUUAGUUUGUUAUUGAAAAUUUAGGCAGUAACAAUCUUGUUAUGGACUAAAAUUUAGUAUAUUUUAUUUCUAUCUUCCUAAACUCUAAAAGCACAUUUGAUUGUAUGUUUCCUAAAAUUCUGAUCUUCCGAAUUCUUGAUUAUCCCAAAAUUUCCAUAUUUGUAGAUUGAAUCAAACCGCAAACGUGAAGGAGAACUUAUUAAAUUGCGUAAAUUGUUGGAAGAAUCACAACUCGAAUCCGAAGAUGCCAUGAAUGUUCUCCGUAAAAAACAUCAAGAUGCUGUUCUUGACUAUCAAGAUCAAGUCGAACAACUUCAAAAGAAAAAUGCCAAGUUAGUUUUUUUGCGAUGGGGGAACCUUUUUUAAAUGUUUGUUUGAGAAUUCUCCUAAUUUUAUUUCGGUUAACUUUUCAUCGAUUUUCUGGUUCCAUUCAAGUGUAGAUCAGUAUCACUCUUUUCGAAUUUUCGAAAAACUACAGUAACCCAAUUUUGUUCAAAGUUCAAAAAAUGUUCCAGAUGUUUUUUAAUGAUCAAAACCACGUGAAAUUGAUUAAAUUUCGAAUCAUAAUAGUAAAUAAUAAUAAUUGGAAGUGAUCGGCGCCGCCUCCACACUGACUAGCUGACAACAAACAUAUACACUUUACACUAUAUUAUUUUUACACAAGAUAGAGAAAAAGAUGAGCAGAAGAACAAAAAGAAAACUAAAAAAAAAUGUUGAGAAGAAGAAAGAAAGAAAUGUGUUUCGAGGGAACUUAUAAUGACACACACAGUAUGAAAAAAAAACAAAACUAAUUUCAGAAUUGAUCGCGAACGUCAACGAGUUCAACACGAAGUCAUUGAAUUGACAGCCACUAUUGAUCAAUUGCAAAAGGAUAAACAUAAUGCUGAAAAAGCUGCUGAAAGAUUCGAAUCACAAGCCAAUGAACUUGCCAAUAAAGUUGAAGAUCUUAACAAACAUGUUAACGAUUUGGCUCAACAACGUCAACGUCUUCAAGCCGAAAACAAUGAUUUGUUGAAGGUUUGUCACUUCGACUAAAAUAUAGAACCUCAUUUCAAAAUAGACACACCAACAGCUGAGUUUACUGAAAACGGAAGUCUUAUCUACGGCCAUAGGUUCUUAGAUUACACUGUAACAGAAUUGGAAGUUAGAGUCGAAAUUUGUAUAGAGUUCUAAGAUAACUAGGCUUCAACCCAACCCAUAAAAGCCUAAGCCUUACUCUAGCUCGCUUUUCACUUAUAAUGUUUAUGGAAUUGAGUCUGAGCUUCAAUUUUUUAGUGAAAGAAAUUCAAUUUUUUGGAACACUAUUGGAAAUUUCUUUCAUUCUCGAAAAGUUCAAUAAUCGGUGUUCGUUUUUCGUUGCUCUCCUCUAUCUAUUUUUCAAUUAUUUCAUCCCACGCAUUUAUCCAUCCAUCCAUCCACAGUCUAUUUUCAAUCAAUGUCUCUCUUUCUGAGCGGGAGCCAAAAAACGCAAAAAAAAACCGAGUUUCGAGAGUUGUUAUAUAUUUGCGCACACUUGGAAGAGAGCAGCACCACGGAAGAGAGAAAGAUAAAAAACGAGGAAAAUGAAACUAGGAAAAAUAAUAAAAGUGAUACUGUUGUGUUGUGUUUUGGUUUCGAUAUGUAUAUUGAUCCACAUUACAAAAAAAUAUUUUAGGAAAUCCAUGACCAAAAAGUUCAACUUGAUAAUCUUCAACAUGUCAAAUACACAUUGGCUCAACAACUCGAAGAAGCCAGACGUCGUCUUGAAGAUGCUGAACGUGUAAGUUUCCAGAAAACAAAUAAUCUAGAAAUGCAUCCAAUUAUAUUCAUUUUUAGGAACGCUCCCAACUUCAAUCGCAACUUCAUCAAGUUCAACUUGAACUUGACUCAGUUCGCACAGCUCUUGAUGAAGAAUCAAUUGCUCGUUCAGAUGCUGAACACAAGCUUAACCUCGCUAACACCGAAAUCACUCAAUGGAAAUCCAAAUUCGAUGCUGAGGUUGCUUUGCAUCAUGAAGAAGUUGAAGAUUUGCGCAAGAAGAUGUUGCAAAAGCAAGCCGAAUAUGAAGAACAAAUCGAGAUUAUGCUCCAAAAGAUUUCUCAACUUGAAAAGGCCAAGUCACGCCUUCAAUCUGAAGUUGAGGUCUUGAUUGUUGACUUGGAAAAAGCCCAAAAUACUAUUGCUAUUUUGGAAAGAGCCAAGGAACAAUUGGAGAGACAAGUUGCUGAAUUGAAGGUUCGCAUUGAUGAAUUGAAUGUUGAAUUGGAAGCUGCUCAACGUGAAUUGAGAGUAUUGAAUGCUGAACUCCAAAAAUUGAAGCAUUUGUACGAAAAGGCUGUCGAACAAAAAGAAGCUCUUGCCAGAGAAAACAAGAAAUUGCAAGGUACCCUUCUUCAAAAAUCCCUCAUCAUUUUCUUUUUCUUUUUUCUUCUUCAAAUUUUUAAGCAUUCCAUUAACAUUAAAAGACCCUAUAAAAUAGCCAAUAUAUUACCCUCAUAAAAGCCUCAUUUAUUUUGCAGAUGAACUUCAUGAGGCUAAAGAAGCUUUGGCUGAUGCUAACCGCAAAUUGCACGAACUCGAUCUCGAAAAUGCUCGUCUUGCCGGAGAAAUCCGUGAGCUCCAAACUGCUCUUAAGGAAGCCGAUGCUCAAAGACGUGAUGCCGAAAACAGAGCUCAACGCGCUUUGGCUGAACUCCAAGCUCUCCGCAUUGAAAUGGAAAGAAGACUCCAAGAGAAAGAAGAAGAACUUGAAGCCCUUCGCAAGAACUUGCAAUUCGAGAUUGACAGACUUGUCGCCGCUUUGGCUGAUGCGGAAGCCCGCAUGAAGGCCGAAAUCUCGCGUCUCAAGAAGAAGUACCAAGCUGAGAUCGCUGAAUUGGAAAUGACUGUUGAUAACUUGAACAGAGCUAACAUUGAAGCCCAAAAGACCAUCAAGAAACAAUCAGAACAACUCAAGAUUCUUCAAGCUUCUUUGGAAGACACUCAAAGACAAUUGCAACAAGUUUUGGAUCAAUAUGCUUUGGCCCAAAGAAAGGUUGCUGCUCUUUCAGCCGAAUUGGAAGAAGCCAAGACUGCUUUGGACAGCGCUGUCAGAGCCCGCAAACAAGCCGAAGCCGAUUUGGAAGAAGCUUCCGGAAGAAUCUCCGAUCUUACUGCUAUCAACAACAAUCUCACUUCAAUCAAGAACAAACUCGAAACCGAAUUGUCGACUGCUCAAGCCGAUUUGGACGAAGUUACCAAAGAAUUGCACGCCGCUGAUGAAAGAGCCAACCGCGCUUUGGCUGAUGCCGCUAGAGCUGUUGAACAAUUGCACGAAGAACAAGAACAUUCGAUGAAGAUUGAUGCUUUGAGAAAAUCAUUGGAAGAACAAGUCAAACAAUUGCAAGUUCAAAUCCAAGAAGCUGAAGCUGCUGCUUUGUUGGGAGGAAAGAGAGUUAUCAGCAAAUUGGAAACCAGAAUUCGUGAUUUGGAAACUGCUCUUGAUGAGGAAACCAGAAGGUGGGAUUUUUUAGAAUCACAAACUUUUAGUAAUCAAAAAACCAAGCUUCUGUCUAAUUUAAGCUUGAAAAAUUCAAAACUCCUGAACAAACACGUCAUUCAAUGAUGUUGUGGGCCAUCUUGGGAACUCAAAAUUCUUAAUUAAAAUAAAUUUUGAAUUUUUCAGACACAAGGAAACACAAAAUGCCUUGAGAAAGAAGGAUCGCCGUAUCAAGGAAGUUCAACAAUUGGUUGAUGAAGAACACAAGAACUACGUCAUGGCUCAAGAUACCGCUGAUCGUUUGUUGGAAAAGAUCAACAUCCAAAAGAGACAACUCGCCGAAUCGGUUCGUUAUUUAUUUUCAAAAAAAGAUUUUUAACAUUGAAAAUUAAUUUAAGGAAUCCGUUACAAUGCAAAACUUGCAAAGAGUGCGCAGAUACCAACACGAGCUCGAAGAUGCCGAAGGACGCGCUGAUCAAGCCGAAAGCAGCUUGCACCUUAUCCGUGCCAAACAUCGCUCAUCGGUUGUUGGCGGAAAAUCCUCAUCUAAGGUUGGUGUUUAUUUUUGUGAGAAAAUAAUUGAACUAGAUGUCAACUUUAUUUUUUUUUUCAGAUUUUCGUCACGGAAGAUGAUUAUUAA